CUGAUCUAGUAUAUCUCCUCCUUCCUUUCUUCUUCUCCUCUUCUUGCGCCUCCAAGAAGACUAUCUUAUCGCGCGAUUUCUGACUACAUUCAGCCUUGCUCGCUCCGAAAGUUGAGUCUCAAGUGCCACUGCUUCACCUUCUUUCUUCGCAAUGUUACGAACAAGAUUCUGCCUCGUCGAUCUAUAAUUAGUCAUUCCAAUAAAAUGUCCAAGCGUCACCUCUCCAAAUUACAUCACGGUCUACUAGUUCAAAGAUACAAAGAACUCAAUCUGACUAGUGUUCUUCCAUCUGACUAACGGUGUCCAAUUUACCGCUUGGUGUGAAAACAUAGGCUGGAUUCACAGGGCUGUACCUCACUCAAAAGCGGGUGACUAGUAUCCUCCCUAGUCACCUGGCACAUUACUCUGCAUCAUGAUAUUCGCUCGCUGAGGUCGACCCCGAGCGAACCACAUUGAAGAUCCAGGAAAGCCGGAAUAUGAGGUGGCAUCCUCCGAAAAGGAGUGCGAAAGCUCACUUUCACAAUCCCCCAUCGAUUCAGAACUUGCGUCAAGGCUUGUGUAUCGCAUUGAUGUUCGCAUUGUACCUUCUUCGAUGUUCAUCUAUCUUAUAUGCUUCUUGGAUCGCUCCAAUAUCGGUAACGCGAAAGUCCUCAACAGCGAUGUCAACUCUUCCCUCCAACAGACCACACACAUUUCGAACCCCGAUUUCAACACUGCGCUAAUGGUCUUUCUCGUCUCCUACAUUCUAUUCGAAACCCCCUCCAAUUACUUACUCAAGAAGUUUCGUCCAAGCCACUGGAUUGCUUUUUUGAUGUUAGGUUGGGGUUCCGUGACGCUCUGUCUGGGUGCCGUUCGUAAUUCUGCUCAGCUGAUGGCUCUAAGGUUUCUGUUGGGCAUGUUUGAGGCGGGAUUGUUUCCGGGACUGAUUUAUUUGUUGACAUUUUGGUAUAGACCAGAGGAACGCGCUCUACGCGCAGCUCUUAUCGUUGCAUGUGCCACCCUUGGAGGUGCAUUUGGUGGCGCCAUCGCAUUUGGAAUAGGAAGAUUGAACGGUGUACAAGGUUUACAAGCUUGGAGAUGGUUGUUCUUCAUAGAAGGCGCCCCAUCUUGCGUCUUGGCCGUCCUCGUCUUUUUCUUCUUUCCUGACUACCCGGAAAUCGCCCAGUGGCUCAGUCCUACCGAAAGGGAUAUCGUAAUUGGGAGACUCAAAGGCGUCGCUUCAUUAGGUCAUGAUAAAAUAACCUGGAAAGACACGAAGGAGACUUUGGUUGAGUGGAGGCUGUAUGUUCACUACAUGCUUAUGUUCUGUAUCUCCGUCCCAUUCUCGAGCAUUUCGCUCUUUACUCCUACCAUUGUAGCUGGCCUCGGUUACCAUGGCCUCGACGCCCAACUGUUCACAGUUCCACCCUACGCCAUUGCAUUCGUGGUCACCGUUACUGUAGCAUGGCUCGGUGAUAAACAUGAAGCGCGCUCUUGGUGUAGCGCUACGUCGUUGUUCAUUGCGGGUGUGUGCUUUAUAGUCGAAGGUGCACUUCAACCAACCUCAUUCAAAUCCCGAUACAUUGCACUCUGUAUCGCCGUAUCAUUCUCCUUCUCAAGCAUACCACCACUGCUUUCAUGGCUUACCGGAAAUCUGAGGACCACAGCGUCUGCUACACUGAGUGUUCCGUUGAAUGUCUCUCUCGGGAGUAUUGGACAGAUUCUCGGUGUCUACAUCUACAAAGCAAGCGAGUCACCAGGAUAUCCCACUGGACACUAUACAAACGCCGGGUUCGCGUUACUUGGGUCGAUCCUAGUUUUGUGUUUAAGGAUGAUUUACGUGAGGCGAAACUCCCGCCUUGAAGUGGGUGAACGUAGAUGGCAUUUGUAA